AUUAUUUUAGAAAAAGAAGACACUUUUGAAGUUGAUGUAGUUUACAAUUUUAUCAAUCGUGUUAUAACUGUCGCCAUGUGAUAAGGAUAUUUACACAACAAAUUUAAACUCAUUAGUUUUGUUUUUACACAAGAGUUUGGCAGAAAGGUCAUCCCAAAGGAUAAACAAUGAGCACAGAGGGAAGAUACUUUCCUCCUUAUCCGGAUUUCACUUUGGAAUUAUCCAAGAAGGUUCUGACAGACACCAGGGUUGGAGAGACCCAUUUGGUGAGGCCUUCAGAAUCUGACAAUGAAGAAAGUUCCCCUGAGUCAUUAAAAAAGCAUAAUAAAACAAACAUCGGGAAGAAAAAAAACAACGUCGAUUCGAACAAAGGCAAAAUCAACAUUAGUCGUAAUACUCCGACAAAGCCAGAAAAGAAACCGUGGCAGAUUACCGGCAAAAUAAGGAAACCAAGUGAGGUCACUUCAAGCAAACCCAAAAAGCCUGAGUAUAUGAAAACAGGUUCUUAUUUUUAUUUUAAGAUCAAACCUGAAGUGGACAGUAAGGUGGAUGCAUUAAUUUUGAAGUUGUACGAGUCCAUCAUGGAAGCCGUCCCAGGAUUGUGUGGCGGAAACAGCGACACCUCAAUCUAUACUGGAUACAGUGGAAUCGCUUUACUGAAUUAUUUUUUGUUCAAAAAAACAAGGGAUAAAGUUUAUUUUGAUACAGCAAAGGGUUUGGUCAGCAAAGCACUCAAAUCACUAAAAGGCAGAAGGAUCAGUUUCUUAAAUGGCGAUGCAGGUCCACUAGCCCUAGCAGCAAUUUUUAGCGUCUUAGAACAAAGAAAUGAAGAAGCCGACGACUACAUACACCGUCUUAUUGAACUUGGAGAUACAGCAGAUAGUAACGCCCCUGAUGAAAUUCUGUAUGGAAGGGCCGGCUAUUUAUAUGCAUUACUUUUUGUGGAACAAGAAACAAAACCUCUUAUUCCAGAUAAAGUCUUGAGAAAGACUGUUGAAAAAAUAAUACAAUCUGGGACAAAAGAAGCAGCAAGAAGGAAGUCUGUCGUCCCACUGUACUAUGAGUGGCAUGAUAAAAUCUAUCUCGGAGCGGCCCAUGGUUAUGCAGGGAUACUUUAUAUGCUUUUAAAUGCGUCUCGUCACAUGUCUGAAUAUGAGAAAGAAAAUUUAGUCAAGCCGACUUUGGAGUGGUUGAUAAAUACAAAAUUCCAAAGCGGUAACUUCCCUUCUUCCAUCGGAAGCAUGACAGACCGACUGAUACAAUGGUGUCACGGUGCGCCGGGUUUCACCCACCUUCUCAGCCUGGCGAGUCAGGUUUAUAAGAACCCGAGGUACAGAGAAUUGGCUUUGGAAUGCGGAGACGCUGUAUGGGAAAGGGGAUUGCUCAAAAAGGGCUAUUCAAUAUGCCAUGGUGUUUCAGGAAAUGCUUACACAUUUCUACAUUUGUAUCAAAUGACAAAAGAUAUAAAACACUUAUAUAGGGCAGCCAGCUUUGUCGAUUGGUGCACAAGAUAUCCUGCUAAUGAGGGAAUGCGUCCUGAUCGACCAUUUUCACUUUUUGAAGGCAAAGCAGGGCUUUUAUAUUUUCUGGCGGAUGCCAAAGAUCCUUUAAGGGCACUUUUCCCCUGCUACGAACUGAAAUCGUCAGGCUAGCUGUUGCCAAACUGAAUUUAUCACUCUGUUUGCUACAUUGUCAGCGUAUUUUUUGUUGUUUAUGCUAUUAAAAGAAACUGCACUUAUUCAUUUUA